CGACGACAAAAAUUGGAGGGUGAGUUUGAGUGAAGGUCGGACACAAGUAAUUAGGAAACAGAGCUACGCACAAAAUGUUUUUCAACAAAUCUCGGUCAGCCCCUGGCGGUAACAUGAUGCAAAACUACAUGGAAAAACAGAUGACCUCGCUCCACAACUCCAGUUCCUCGUCUGUCACCAGCUACAAGGACAAAGUCAUGGCCUUCCUUAGUGGUGUCAUCUUUAUCACUCUCCUUCCUUAUAUCCACAUAGGUAUAAUCCAUCUGAAAAUUUGGGUGCCUGGAAAACCCAAGGUGGACAAGAACAAGUGUACAUGUUCCUGUUUUGAUACUGUAUUCAGAGGGCAAUAUGAAGACCCUGGGGCAACAACAUACAAACAUGUCUACUUCAAUGCCACCUGGCAAACGAUGCGUAUCUGGCUGUUCACCGUGAUCUUCAUACUCCUGGCAUACGAGAGUGUAAAAUACCUUAUUCCAUUGAUUCGUCGAGGUAAUCUGCGACGUUCCAUGUUUGUACUGUAUGUUGUGAACCUGUAUCCCCACUAUUACUCCUGGUGGUCAUACUUCAGUUACUACAAUGAGGAUUUCUACGACUACUACAGACAUCACAUGUUGUUCACCAUCACCGAAGUCAUCGCUACAUGUCUUGUGUUAAAUCUGUGUGAUAGUCGUAAUGAAAUCAUCUCCUGGAAGAUACUUGCAAUUGUUAGUAUCAACCUGAUGCACAUAUCAGUGGAAGGCUCUGACCAGUUUAUACAACAUGUUAUUUACCGCAGAGGUUCUCAUUUCCAGAACGCCAGAAAUAUUGGACUCAUGAUUCCUGACCUGUUACAUGUUUUUAUUCCGUUAUAUCUACUCUAUAAGUACGCCAAAUCAAAAGAAAUGAAGCUUUCUGAGAUCUGUUAUAAAGAGGAAUUGUUAAUGUGUGUUGUAUUCAUUUCAUUUGGUACACUUAUAGGACGACUGAUGUAAAUUUUAUUUGCGAAACAUCUCUUGUAUAGUUUAGCCAUCUACUCAGUAUAUAUGUACAUGUAUACUGUAUUAAAGUACGUGUAUACUGUAUAUCAGGUUAUUAUAGUGAAUGUAAGAUUACUCAUUUUUUUCCAGUAUGUUUUAUUUUAGCAAAUGUAUAUUUAGCAAUUCAUAUUUUUUGUGUUUCAAAACAAGUCGCUAAAUUAGCUAUAAUUUGCACCUUGCUAAGAUAUGUUACCUGUAGUAUAGGAUUCACAAUUUAUUUCAUUGAUCUGAAAGCUAGGUACUUUCAAUUCAGGUUUCCAUAUUGUUUACCUGGUAGAGCUUCCAGUUGACCCUUGACUUUUAACAAAGGCAGAAGUCAAAUAACCACCAAUCAAAAACCUUGAUUUUCACAACAAUGAGAUCAUAUAAAUUAUCGAAUCUCAGUUUGUUGAGUUUUAAAUAUGCCAUUUUUUAUUUCCAUUGGGUUAACUGGAAGCUCGGUAAAAUCACUGUAUGUUACCUUUCAUUUUUUCCAAGCUACUCUCAUGAAGGAUUUGAAAAUCUCAAGCUUCUAUUAGUAACCAUUACAGAGCAAAGUUGCACAGUGCCAUAUAUAUAGUAUAAUAUGGUUGAAAUACUUUUUAGCCAGAUGCUGUAAUUAUUACCUCUGUGGAACUUUGUGUAAUAUGUUCUUCAAUCAUUCGUUGUUCAUUUGAAAAUAUUAAGCAGGAUGUUUCUUAAAGUUAUUAACAGGAUAUUUUUUGUGUGAACAGUGCAAUAUGAAGAUUCCUCAUACAUCCAGUGUAACCCUGUAUACAGAUAAACUUCACAAAGAAUUCUGAUCAGUUCUUUAUAAGAGAAUGUGUUAAAUCAGGAUAGAUAAUCCAUAUAAUGUUCGCUUACCAAGGGUCACGAUCCAGUACCUUCCUCGUCUGGAGAGUAUCAUAUAAUGAAAAACUAUACAAAGGACUUUGAACAAACCAUCAUUACAUUUUUGAUGAUUUCGUAGUGUAGUCUCUCAUUAAAAUCUAUGUUGAUUUUGAUGGCAUUCACUGGAUAGAUAUAUUCUGGAUGACAUAGCGCGCAAUGAUAUGUGAUGUUGGAACCCUGUUGACCUGUGACACGUUAGAACAUUCCUUUGUAUGUCGCCUCAAGAAUAUCACAUUUAACUGAUUAUGAUUUUCAGGAAGCUGCUCAAAAAUACUUACAAAAAAAAUCAUAAUUUGAUGAAUUACACACAAAUUAUUUCAAAAGAAUCCCUGGAAUGUAAAUGUAACUAUUGAAUGUUCUGAGUACAACAUGGUAAGAGAACAUUGAUUAAAUCAUUCUAAAAUAAACU